AUGUCCCUCUCCCAUCCCUCCUCCAGUCCCUCUCUUCUCCUCUCCUCCCUUGCCUCUUCCUUUCCCUACGCGAUGCUCCCUCUUCCCGACGCGAUGCUCCCUCUUUCUUACGCGAUGCUCCCCCUUCCCUACGCGAUGCAACCCUUUCCUUACGCGCUGCUCCCCCUUCCCUACCGCUGCUCCCCCUUCCCUACCGCUGCUCCCCUUUCCGUACGCGCUGUUCCCCCUUCCCUACGCGCUGUUCCCCCUUCCCUACGCGCUGCCCCCCCUUCCCUACGCGCUGUUCCCCCUUCCCUACGCGCUGUUCCCCCUUCCCUACGCGCUGCCCCCCCUUCCCUGCGCGCUGCUCCCCUUCCCUACGCGCUGCUCCCCUUCCCUACGUGCUGCUCCCCCUUCCCUACGCGUCACACACGACUUGCCCACACAUGUUCCCAUCACCCCUCUCCUCCCUUCCCUUUCCUCUCCUCUCUUCCCUUUCCUCUCUGUCCACCUCCUUCCCUUCCCUGUCUUCGCCUUGCCUCCCCUCCCACUCAUCCCCACUCGCUUCAGUCCCGCAUUCGCUCCUGUCGUUCUCUUCCCUCCCGUCCCUCCUUUCCCUCUCCGGUUCUCGUCGUCCGUCCCUCGUUCGCAUCGCUCACUCGAUCCGUCGCGCACUCCCCCCAUCGCUCGAAUGAAGGCACCGUCCACACAGGGCAACCGCCUUGCAUCGGGCCUGUUGCUCACACACUUACAUGUGACAUUCACUCCCGUUCCACACACUCACUCCUUUCCGCUCCUCUCUCUUUCCCCAUGUCCUUCCCUCCGUUUCCCCUCUUGCCCCUUCCCCCCCUUUCCCGUGUCCUUCCCUCCGUUUCCCACCUUGUCCCUCCCUCCACAUCCCCCUGCCUUUCCCUCCGUUCCCCCCCUUGUUCCUCUCUCUCUCUUUCCCUGUCUCCGUUUCCCACCUUCCCCCUCCCUCCCUUUCCUCCAUUCCUAACUGCUCCUACCCUCCCCUCCUUCUCAUCACUCGUGUUUUCCGUUCUUCUGAUCUCCGCCCUUAUUCCCACACCCCACCCCUCCCCGUCACCCACACACGUCGCAUGCACAUACCACUUACAUCUUCCCUCCUCCCACCUCCCCUCCUCCCACCUUCCUUUGCUCCUACUCUCCCUUCCCUCUGUCCCGCGCACCUCUCUUCCGCCAUCUCUCCGCCCUUCUCUCACUGAACCCUCUCCUCCUUGGUCUUCUCAAGUUGCGCCCGACUUACGCCUCACGAAAAGGAUGUGCAGCGCCACCACUCUCCUUCCGCAGUUGUGA